CUUCCGGCCGCUGGGCCUUCUGGCCGCAGGUUCCUCUGCCGCGGGGCGCUUCGUGGGCUUCCAGUCUUCGGCCCGGUGCCGCAGCACAGGAUGCAGUGUCCCGGCGCCGAGUACCUGGUUUCUGCAGAGAGAACUCCCCGGAAAAGAGAGUGGAGACCUCAGAUUUAUAGGAAGUGCACAGAUACAACAUGGCUAUUCCUCUUCUUUCUCUUUUGGACUGGUUUGCUGUUCAUCAUGGGCUACUCGAUGGUGGCGGGAGCCACAGGAAGACUCCUCUUUGGCUAUGACAGCUUUGGCAACGUGUGUGGCAAGAAGAACUCCCCUGUAGAAGGGGCCCCUCUUUCAGGGCAGGACAUGACCCUGAAAAGACACGUAUUCUUUAUGAAUUCCUGCAACCCGGAAGUCAAGGACAUGAGGCUCAGUUCCACCAUCCUGUGCGUGUCGAGCUGUCCUGAAGAGCAGCUUGAUACCCUGGAAGAGGUCCAGCUCUUUGCAGACAAGAAUGGGUCCUUCCUGUGUGUUUACAGUUUGAAUUCCAUCAACUACACCCAGAAUCCAAAUGCAGACUCAUUGUGUCCCAGGCUGCCGGUUCCUCCGAGCAAGUCUUUCCCCUUGUUUAACAGAUGUGUCCCUCAAACACCCGAGUGCUAUUCCUUGUUUGCAUCUGUUUUGAUAAAUGAUGUUGACACCCUCCAUCAAAUUCUAAGUGGAAUAAUGUCAGGAAGAGACACAAUCCUUGGUCUGUGUAUCCUCGCAUUAGCCUUGUCUUUGGCCAUGAUGUUCACCUUCUGGUUCAUCACCACCCUUCUGGUUCACAUUUUCAUUGCACUGACUAUUUCGGGACUGCUGUUUGUCUGUGGUGUCUUAUGGUGGCUGUAUUAUGACUAUACCCAUGACCUCAGCAUAGAAUUGGACACAGAAAGGGAAAAUAUGAAGUGUUUGCUGGGGUUUGCUCUUGUAUCUACAGUAAUCACGGCAGUUCUGCUCAGCUUGAUUUUUGUCUUCAGAAAGAGAAUAAAAUUGACAGUCGAACUUUUCCAAGUCAUAAAUAAAGCCAUCAGCAACUCUCCAUUCCUGCUGUUCCAACCACUAUGGACUUUUGCCAUCCUCAUUUUCUUCUGGGUCCUCUGGGUGGCCGUGCUGCUGAGCCUGGGAACUGCAGGAGCUGCACAGGUUAUUGAAGGUGGCCAAGUGGAAUAUAAGCCUAUUUUAGGCAUUCGGUAUAUGUGGUGGUACCAUUUGAUUGGCCUCAUCUGGACUAGCGAAUUCAUCCUUGCGUGCCAGCAAAUGACUGUAGCCGGCGCACUUGUUACUUGCUAUUUCAACAGAAAUAAAAAUGACCCUCCUGAUCGCCCAAUCCUUUGGUCUCUCUCCACUCUUUUCUGCUACCAUCAAGGAACAGCCAUAAAAGGGUCAUUUUUAAUCACUGUGGCAAGGAUUCCAAGAACCAUUCUCAAGUACAUUUACAACACUCUGAAAGACAAGCAUAAUGCAUGGUCGACAUACAUGUUCAGAUGCUGCUUCUGCUGUUUCUGGUGUCUUGACAAAUGCCUAUGCCAUCUCAACCAGAAUGCAUAUGCUGCAACUGCCAUUAAUGGGACAGAUUUUUGUACAUCAGCAAAAGAUGCGCUCAAACUCUUAUCCAAGAAUUCAAGUCAUUUCACAUCUGUUAACUGCUUUGGAGACUUCAUAAUUUUUCUAGGAAAGGUGUUGGUGAUGUGUCUCACUGUUUUUGGAGGACUGAUGGCAUUUAACUACAACCGUGCCCUCCAGGUGUGGGCAGUCCCUCUGCUGCUGGUUGCUUUUUUUGCCUACUUUGUAGCCCAUAGUUUCUUAUCUGUGUUUGAAACUGUGCUGGAUGCACUCUUCCUGUGUUUUGCUGCUGAUCUGGAAACAAAUGAUGGAUCGUCGGAAAAGCCCUACUUUAUGGACCAAGAGUUUUUGAGUUUUGUAAAAAGGAUCAACAAGUUAAAAGACACGAGGGCACAGGGGGAGGAGAACUCACUAAGGAACGAGGAGGGAACAGAACUCCAGCCCGUUGUGUGAUAGGUGCCCAUUAGAGUGUUGCCCCUGGAAAGUGUCCUUCUUCUAAGAGCCAUUCACAGAAUAAAUGGUUUCUCAUAUGCAAAAUGGAGAAAAUACCACCUACUUUGGAUUUAGGAGAGGAUUCAACAUAACCAAUGUAAAAAGCACAGCGUAAUGUGGGCACCCUGGAGAGUUACAUGUGAGUACCUAUUAUGACCACAUACACUCUCCAGGCCAUCCAUUUCAGAAGCUCAUCACACAUUCAGCAGAACUUAUGCCGAGCAGUCCUUAAGGCCUGAAGUCUCAAAGAGCCAGCCACAAGUACAGUAACUCAUUUCUCCAUUUAUGCCAAGCAGACAGUCCAGGUUUAACUGGUAAAAAAGGAAACUUGAAUGGCUCCUAUACAAGACAAUGCCACAUGUGGCAGGACAUCUCAACUUUAGGUCACAAGAAGAAAGCUUUUUCAAACCUUAUCCCCCACUCCUGUUGGAUGUGAGCCCUGCCUGCUCUCCAGUGGUUAUGGGAACCUAUGAGGGGCUGAUCUAUUUUUAACCAGGAAAUACUUCCAUCUUGCAUGGUGUUAGAAUGCUGGCAUUCUCACCAUGCUAGAGCCCCACCUAACUCCUCCUUAGAACACCAGAUCAUUUUACCUACCAAGUUUCAGAGGCAUUAGAAGGAGCAAUUUACUUGGA